AUGGCGAGAGGCUCCAGCGGCCCGGGGCCCCCUCCGAACCAGACCGAGGUGGGGGCAGUGCCGGCCCCCGGGAAAGGCCUGGAGCUCGCUUUCACGGGGGCGCUGACGGCGAUGAUGGUGCUGGUGAUGUUCGCCCUUGGCUGCACCGUGGACAGGCGGAAGCUUUGGGGGCACAUCAGAAGGCCCUGGGGCAUUGCCGUGGGGCUGCUCUGUCAGUUCGGGCUGAUGCCUCUGACCGCCUACCUCCUGGUCACCGGCUUUUCCCUGAAACCGGUGCACGCCAUUGCCGUCCUCAUCAUGGGCUGCUGCCCCGGGGGCACCAUCUCUAACAUCUUCACCUACUGGGUGGACGGGGACAUGGACCUCAGCAUCAGCCUGACCACCUGCUCCACAGUCGCGGCCCUGGGCCUGCUGCCUCUUUGCCUGUCCCUCUACACACCACUUUGGGGCCUAGAGCCAAGCCUCACAGUCCCGUACCAGAACAUCGGAAUUGCACUCCUGUGCCUGAUUAUCCCUGUGGGCUGUGGGGUGUUUGUGAACCACAUGUGGCCGAAACAAUCGAGAAUCAUCCUCAGAGCUGGGGCCAUCGUCGGUGGGGUCCUCCUCCUGGUGGUAGCAGUAGCUUGUCCAGUCGUAUACAAGGGCUCCUGGAACUUGGACGUCUCCCUGCUGAUUAUCAGCAUCAUCUUUCCGCUCAUCGGCUACGUCGCUGGAUUUCUUCUGUCCCUUCUCGCCCAGCAGCCUUGGAAAAGGUGCCGGACGAUAUCCCUGGAGACCGGGGCGCAGAACAUCCAGAUGUGUUCCACCAUGCUCCAGCUCUCUUUCACCUCUGAUCAGCUGGCCCAGAUGUUCACUUUCCCUUUGAUCUACGGGUUCUUCCAGCUGCUGGAUGGAUUUCUCGUUGUUGUAGUUUACCAGCUAUUCAAGAGGUUAAAGAAGACAAACAAAGAGAAGGAUCUCAACGAAGCUGAAAGAUCCCCCAAGGAUGAGGCCAAUGCUGUGUUUCAGGAGGCAGAGGAGGAGCUAGUGGUGAGGAUGUUUCCUGGAGCUGUUCUCGACAACCAGUCUCAACAGGACUCUGGGAACAACAGAACCCUUCCAAAGAACAUGAGGAACUGCAUGCCAAAUGGCCUGAAUAUACUGACCCAACAGCUACAAAAGCAGGAGGAGAGGUGAUGUGUAGUCCCAAUUUGUUAGGAACAGGUCGAUUGGGUGUAAAAUGUCUGUCUUCUUUCCAGCACUCUACACUUAACAUAUGUUAACUUUUUGAGAAUUUAUUCCCUUCUACGGGAGCUCAAUGUGCACCUCUGUAGCUCUGGCUUUAGUUCCUGAUGCUCUUUAUUUGGACAGUUCAAUCUAUCAAUCAGUGGUCUUUGUUGAGUACUU